UGGAGCUAUCAGUGGUACAAAGACAGGAAUUAUAAUGUAGUAUCCCAGUCUGUCAGACACACUGUAACAGGAGACACCCUCACCAUCAGUAGAGUUGCUGAGUCUGACCAGGGUCUCUACUGGUGUGAAGGGAACAGAGUGUCUAGACCCACAUCUUCACUACCAAGUGAUCCUGUCACUCUCACUGUUAAAGAUAGUCGUCCGACGGCUACACUGAGUUUAGACCAAGCGAACGUAUUCACAGGAGACAGAGUGACACUGACCUGUACAGUAGAGUCUUAUGGAUGGGAGUUUUACUGGUACAGACACAGACCAGACUCUACACCAGUAACCUCAACCUCUGGAUACUCCUACACACUCAGCAGGGUCAGUGUCUCUGAUGGAGGACAGUACUGGUGCAGAGCUGGGAGAGGAGACCCAGUCUACUAUACCCUGUACAGUGACCCAGUCCAGAUAAAUAUUACUGAGAGACCUGUAGCUGUUCUGACCCUCCAACCCAACUGGACCCAGAUAUUUAGAGGAGAGACUGUCACUAUGAGAUGUGACAUACUGGGAGGAGACACUGAAUGGCAGUAUGAGUGGUAUAAGAAUGGUUAUUCAGUCUACCGGUACUCUAAUACAAAGUCUGAGUACAGAAUCAGUACUGUCUACAUGUCUAGCAGUGGUUCAUAUACCUGUAAGGGUGUAAAGGGAAGGACGUUCUCCAAGACCAGUGAUGCUGUACAACUGACUGUGUCUGGUGAGUCUAAACACUUUACAUCAAAGUCUCUCUCACUGAGCUGUGAGGAGAAGGGGAACUCUACUGGAUGGAGACUGAUGAGCUACAGAGAGAGAGGAGUGAAGUCAGGGUGUGUCUCUAACUGGGGAUCAAUAACAGGGUCCACAUGUACCAUCAGCUACACAUACACAUUGUCCAGUGGAGUGUUCUGGUGUGAGUCUGGAUCAGGAGAGUACAGUAAUGCUGUCAACAUCACAGUUAAUACUGGUGAUGUGAUCCUGGAGAGCCCUGUCCAUCCCGUGACUGAAGGAGACUCUGUGACUCUGAGCUGUAAAAACCGGACAAUCAGCUCAAACUUCAAAGGUGAUUUCUACAAAAAUGGAGUACUCAUCAAGAAUGAGACCACAGGAGAGAUGACUAUCCCUACAGUAUCCAAGUCAGAUGAAGGAUUCUAUAAGUGUAAAUCUGGUCAAGGAGAAUCACCAGAGAGCUGGGUGACAGUGAGAGUCCCUCCAGGUUCCAUUGUCUCCAUCUCUCUGCCCAGGCUGCUGUGUGGUCUACUGGUGAUGUCUCCCUUUCUACUGGUGUCCAUCGUGCUGACGGUGAAAUGCUGCAGGGCUCGAGGUUUGUGUUCAACAGUCAAAUCUCCUCAAGACCAGAUACGAUGUGAUGAUGUCGUCGAACAGAAUGAAUCAUCCUUCAGAGAUCGUUGGCAGGACAGAAUGGAACACACCUUGCUCUGUGUGCUACUCUUGCUGAGUACACUCAUCAACUCUGGACACUCUGAAGAUGAUGAUGCUCUGCCCAAAGCUACACUGACUGUGAAGCCAAACCCUGCAUACACUGGAGAGACAGUUACUCUGACGUGUUCAGUAGGGUCUGACAGUAGCUGGAGCUAUCAGUGGUACAAAGACAGGAAUGAUAAUGUAGUAUCCCAGUCUGUCAGACACACUAUAACAGGAGACACCCUCACCAUCAGUAGAGUUGUUGAGUCUGACCAGGGUCUCUACUGGUGUCAGGGAGAGAACGGGUCCAAAUCCAUAUCAUCAAUCAUCAGUGAUCCUUUCACCAUCACUGUGAAUGCUCUGCCCACGGCCUCAGUGAAGAUAGUCACUCCACAGGGUCUCCUCUACCCUGGAGAUACAGUCACUCUGCAGUGUGACAUAUCAGACUACACAGACUGGACAUACCGCUGGUUCAGAGACAACCAAGAGCUUCUCAUUCAGAACAGAAACACCAUCACCAUCUCACUCCCUCACCAGGCUGGUCAGUACAACUGUGUUGGGAGGAGGAGUGGUCGGCCCCAGAAUUCAUAUGGCAGCUCAGCUCUCCCCAUCAUCAUCACUGCUCUGCCCAAAGCUACACUGACUGUAAAGCCAAACCCUGCAUACACUGGAGAGACAGUUACUCUGACGUGUUCAGUAUGGUCUGACAGUAGCUGGAGCUAUCAGUGGUACAAAGACAGGAAUGAUAAUGUAGUAUCCCAGUCUGGUUACAGUAACAUUGGAGUCUCUCACACCAUCAGUAGAGCUGGUGUGUCUGACCAGGGUCAGUACUGGUGUGAAGGGAACACAGUGUCUAGACCCACAUCUUCACUACCAAGUGAUCCUGUCACUCUCACUGUAAAAGCUCUGCCUGUGGCCUCAGUGAGUGUCUCUCCUCAGGGUCUCCUCUACUCUGGAGAGACAGUCACUCUGCAGUGUGUCAUACAAGGCUACACAGACUGGACGUACUACUGGUACAAAAACAACCAACACCUUCCUGAUGAGACCAGUAAAGUCAUCGAUAUCACCAUCCCCAUCACUCAGACUGGUCUGGUUGGUCAGUACAUAUGUCAGGGGACGAGGACAGAUUGGCCCCAGUGGUCACAACCCAGUGGUGACAUCACUAUCAGUGUCACUGCUCUGCCCAAAGCUACACUGACUGUGAAGCCAAACCCUGCAGACACUGGAGAGACAGUUACUCUGACGUGUUCAGUAGGGUCUGACAGUAUCUGGAGCUAUCAGUGGUUCAAAGACAGGAAUGAUAAUGUAGUAUCCCAGUCUGUCAGACACACUGUAACAGGAGACACCCUCAUCAUCAGUAGAGCUGGUGUGUCUGACCAGGGUCAGUACUGGUGUGAAGGGAACAGAGUGUCUAGACCCACAUCUUCACUACCAAGUGAUCCUGUCACUCUCACUGUUAAAGAUAGUCGUCCGACGGCUACACUGAGUUUAGACCAAGCGAACGUAUUCACAGGAGACAGAGUGACACUGACCUGUACAGUAGAGUCUUAUGGAUGGGAGUUUUACUGGUACAGACACAGACCAGACUCUACACCAGUAACCUCAACCUCUGGAUACUCCUACCCACUCAGCAGGGUCAGUGUCUCUGAUGGAGGACAGUACUGGUGCAGAGCUGGGAGAGGAGACCCAGUCUACUACACCCUGUACAGUGACCCAGUCCAGAUAAAUAUUACUGAGAGACCUGUAGCUGUUCUGACCCUCCAACCCAACUGGACCCAGAUAUUCAUUAGAGAGACUGUCAUUAUGAGAUGUGACAUACAGGGAGGAGGAGACACUGACUGGCGGUAUGAGUGGUAUAAGAAUGGUUAUUCAGUCUACUCUAAUACAAAGUCUGAGUACAGAAUCAGUCCUGUCUACAUGUCUAUCAGUGGUUCAUAUACCUGUGAGGGUGUAAAGGGAAACAAGUUCUCCAAGACCAGUGAUGCUGUACAACUGACUGUGUCUGAUCAACCCAAGGCUGUUCUGAGUAUCUUUCCUCAGUGGCUGAACCCUGGAGACUCAGUGUCUCUGAGCUGUGAAGUUGACAAGACGUCUACAGGCUGGAGGUUCUCCUGGUACAGGACGGUUCCCACUUUAACAGAGCAGUCCUACUCUUUUCAGCGUCUACCAGAAGCAGGCAAUGGGGCUACUGAAGACUCCUACACUCAGAUCCCUGCUGGUCCUACUCCCACAGGAGGAUAUGUGUGUAGAGCUGGGAGAGGAGACCCAGUCUAUGACACACUCUACAGUGAACCUCAGUUUCUCUGGUCAGGAGAUCUGCAGCCUUCAGUGUCUCUCAGAAUAAGUCCCAACACAACACAACACUUUACAUCAAAGUCUCUCUCACUGAGCUGUGAGGAGAAGGGGAACUCUACUGGAUGGAGACUGAUGAGCUACAGAGAGAGAGGAGUGAAGUCAGGGUGUGUCUCUAACUGGGGAUCAAUAACAGGGUCCACAUGUACCAUCAACUACACAUACACAUGGUCCAGUGGAGUGUUCUGGUGUGAGUCUGGAUCAGGAGAGUACAGUAAUGCUGUCAACAUCACAGUAAAUGAUGGUGAUGUGAUCCUGGAGAGCCCUGUCCAUCCCGUGACUGAAGGAGACUCUUUGACUCUGAGCUGUAAAUACCGGAAAGUCAGCUCAAACUUCAAAUCUGAUUUCUACAAAGAUGGAGUACUCAUCAAGAAUGAGACCACAGGAGAGAUGACCAUCCCUACAGUAUCCAAGUCAGAUGAAGGAUUCUAUAAGUGUAAAUCUGGUCAAGGAGAAUCACCAGAGAGCUGGGUGACAGUGAGAGUCUCUCCAGUCGUAGCUCCUGGAUCCUCUACAUCAGUCCUAGUAGGAGUGGUUGUGGGUCUGGUUGUUGCUGGUGUUCUACUGGUCAUUCUCCUGGUCCUGCUGUGGAGAAAUCAAAACAACAAAGGUUCCUGUUUCAUCAGAAUAUUCUGGCCCCCUCAGCCCCAGAGCACCAACCAGGACCCCCAACAGGACCAAGGAUCUACCCAGGGCCGGGCUCCUGAUACUGGGUAUACACAUCUGCAGCAUGGUGAUGCUAACAUCUACGAUACGAUCAAUCCCUCAGACAACAAUGAUAAUGAUGCUGCUGGUGCUUCUGCUGCUGGACCAAGUCAUGUGACUUAUGCCCAGAUUCAACUGAACAAGUUGGACAAGAAAAAGAAAGUAAAGAGAGAUUAUCCAAAAGAAAAUCCUGUCUACUCUGAGGUGAAGACAGGGAAAGCCACUGCAGCAGCUGGACCUGUUGAUGUGACCUAUGCUGAGGUUGACCUCCAAAAGAAGGUCAAAGCCAAGAAGAAGAGAGAAACAGCAACCCCACCUGAGGCAGAACCUGUCUAUUCUCUAGUGAAGCCAUACACAGCCCCCGCAGCUGGACCUGUUGAUGUGACCUAUGCUGAGGUUGACCUCCAAAAGAAGGUCAAAGCCAAGAAGAAGAGAGCAACCCCACCAGUAGCAGAUUCAGUCUAUUCUCAAGUGAAGCCACACAAAGCCACAGGUCCUUGAGGGAGCUGGAGGGAUACAUCACUUUGUGUGGUGAUAUGUUACAGGUCCUUGAAGGAAAUGGAGGGAUAAAUCACUUUGUGUUGUGAUCU